CUUUGGACGUAUAAUCCCAAAGCCUUCAUUUAUUGCGCACCAAAACAAUACAGGAAGAAAUACCGAGAUCGCAACCCCCCUUGGUAUACUCUUACGAUCCUUACCCAUUGUCGCCCACAAUGGAUACCUCCUUUGAUCCUACAACCAAGAAAAUUAUGCUCAUCAUUGUGGGCUUUCUCGCAUUCAUCUACCUUAUGGCCAAUGGCUACAUUAUUCCACGAUCUCCCGAGUCUAUCUACAUUGCGUACACCAGUGGCGAUAUGAGUGGACUGAUGCAAGGCAUCGAAGGGGCUCUUCAACAAGGAUAUCGUGUCCAAGUCAUCUUCGACAGGGUCUAGGGGAUCCUAGGGUAGAGGAUCUCGGAUAAGGAUGAAAAGAAAAGCUCAUGACUGACGACAAUACGUUUCCCUGGAGGGCUCCUUUACGGGUGCUGGGGAAUAUUGUAGGUGGUGAUUUGUUUGUUCUGCU